UUGGCCAAACAGUUGGUAAAAUUCAAUACCGACACAAACAAAACAGCAAUAUACAUCCAAGUAUUGAAAAUUGAAUUCCAAUAGCAAAAACAAAUAAUGUGGCAACAUCAAAACAAAGGAAAAAAAUUUAAUCAAGCAUAGUAGAGUGGUUGGCGCAAUGCAAAAAAAUUCAAUACUCACCGCAACAUAAAAACUCGAAACCCAAACUUCAACAAAGUGAAGCAAAAACGCAGUACGAAAAAAUUAAAAUUGGAAAACGAAAAGUAAAAGUAAAAGGAAUUAACAAAUCCACGCCAUUGCAAGAACCAACAAUAAUAGAAAACUAGAAAUUUUCCACACAACCCAAAUGACAACAUUUAGAGAAAGGAUAAAACACAGCGGAAAGACAACAUGAAUCUCGAUCAGCAACAACAGCAACAACAAUCGAUGCUUGCUCCAAAUGAGAUAUAUGCAAACUACAAUCCCAACAAUGAUGCAACACAGGGUACACUACAACCGGUCGCAACAACAUUUGUGACUAUUGGUAUGCUACCACCACCGCCACCCGAAAUCGCUACAAUUUCUGCGGCUGGCACUCCGGGUAGUACGACGAGCACAUUUAAAACGCCACUCUUACCAAUGCCAACAUUAGAGGAUAUCGAAGGCGGUCUAGCGCCUAGCAAUAUACAACAGCCUAUACCAGGUGGCAUAUUGAAAUAUCCAACAAACACAAUAACUAUGAAUUUGCCAAUUGGCAUGGGCCCUGGUCCACCAAACUUACCACCCCCAACACAAACUCUAUCAGCACAACAGCCACCGCCUGCAACACUUACAAUCGAUGAUACAACAUCGUGCGGCACACUGAAAAGUAAUGCAAAACUGCUGCAUAGCACAGGACCGACAUUGCCACCACUUCCACCGCUACCACCACCAACUGUGGGCAUCUUAACGAACUCUGGCAACAGUGGCAGUAGCAUGGCUGCUCAUGGCAAAGGUGUUGGCAGCAAUAGCGGCAGCACAGUCACAAAUCUAAACAACUCAAGCAGUAAUUUACAUCAUAAACCAGCAACCAAAUGCUGUUGUUGUUUUGGGAGUGGGCGUAGUGAUUCCAAACCUAAGAAACGUAAGCACAAGAGGCAAACACUGUGGUCGGCAUUCCUAACGAAUUUGGGUAUUUGCGCUUUGCUUUUGGCUUACACGCUUUUAGGUUCUUUCAUAUUUUUAACAAUUGAGAGCGAAGACUCGGCCUUGUUACACCAGCAACGCACUUUAGCUUCAACGAAACGUGUGGGCGUUAGUGGGCGUAACAUACUUGGCUUUAACAACAAUGUUUAUUACACUCAACUACAACAGCAACAACAACAACAUCAGCAACAACAACAACAACAACAUCAACAACAGCCGCAUCAACAACAAUCCCAACGUUUGGACAAUGAUACGAUAAGUAGCAUCACAUCAACUUUCUCAGCUUCUUCAUCAGCAUCAUCGUCAGCUGGCUUAUCUGCAUUGUCAAUAUCGCCUUCAGCAUUCGAUAAUAACGGCAAUGAUUUCAUUUAUGGCGAUGAUGCUGUACCACAAGCAGGUUUAUCAGCAGAUACUUUUGACGUGAGACAGCGUACCAUUGAAAAUAUAUGGGAUAUUACGGUAUCUUUAAAUAUCCUGUAUAAGGAAAAUUGGACAAAGUAAGCAUAUUUAUGAUUACUAGGGUCGCCAGUGGUCGAAAUUCGACCAAUAGAAAAUACAAUUUAUUUAUUUUAAUAGUAUUUAAAUUUUAUUGAUGAAUUUGAUUAAAAU